CUUUCUGUCUGUCUGUCUCUCUGUCUCUCUGUCUCUCUCUCUCUUAUUUUCUCUCCCACCUGUUCCUCUCCUACAAUUUUCUCCGCAUACUCUUGGAGUCGCUGGCUUCUCAGGUUCGGCUCCCGUUCGUCGUUCUUUUGCGACCUAAUGGGCGGUCGACUCGAUUCUUCCGAUUCAGAUUUGUGAAGUUUACUCGAUUUCCAAUUGGCAGGUGAAGAUGGCGGAGUGACAUCCGGAGAAGGAUUUGCUGGCGAUGGUUACAGAGGACUUGAAGGUGGUGCUUCAUCGCUUCAAUUGGCAGAGGCUGUGGACAGUCUCUCUUGAAGAAAAGAACUUCAUCAAGUUGCUCAAUAGGCUUUGAACAUUGAAGAUUUACUUCAUGUCAUCCUGACAUCAUUAUCAGUCAUGGAUAAGCAGUGGGCUGAUGCCAUCAACAUAUUACAUGAGAAGUUUGAUUUGCUGUCAAACCUUAUUAGAGGAAUUUUUGAGUCUUCUCGGAGGUGCUGGGACCAGUCUUGCAGUCCAUCAGUUUCUUGUUAAUUCACUGGGUGAAGUGGUAUGGCCGGUUUUUUAAGCUCCACUGCUGCUAUGGGACUUUGGUUUUUUUUGGGUUGGUUUUUAUAAUCUUAGUCUGCUAGUUUGUUCAGUGAUAGGGUAUUAAGGGUGUAUCAAAAGUUGUUUGUGGUGCUGGAAAAGAACUACAGCCGGUUGUCCUCAAUCAUCUGCUGAGGGGCAUUUCGUCACAUCAUUUUGAUUAAUCAAGUUCGCUGUUGGGAGUUGAACUUUUGAAUAGGAUAUAUCUCGAGCUAUGCUGCGUACUUGUAUGACAAUCUGGUCGAGAGGGAUGGAGGGAGGAAUUGGAGAAAGCAAAGGGACUAGGAGGGUAAGGGGAGCUGCAUCCAAGUAUGUUAAGAUCCUAUAUGACUUAAUCUUUUGGUAAUUCAAAUUAGUAAGAGCUUAGGAUUAGAUGCCUAGCCUUGGUAAAUUGAUGCCUUUCUCUUCUAUUUCAAAAAAGUUACUUUGUAAGAAUUUAUUGCCACUAUUCCCUCUUACGUCAGUUUCAGCAUCCACCAGAUACAUUCCCAAUUCACUGUCCUUCUAUGGGGUAUAUACCUUUAAUCUGAAAUUACAAAUAUUAUCCAGAGAUCCACAUGUGCAGAGUACAACUGCUGUUUCAUGCUAAUCAUUUCUCUGUAUGGCUAUGCAGGAUGACUCUGAAUUUGCUUCAGAUUAUAUUUCCUUCCAAAUACCUGACGAGUCUUUUUUAGAUGUGACAGAUUGUAUAGCGGUAGUGAGGGGACUUACGAAUGAUUCAAGCAAUGUGAAGCAGGGAAGACCAAUGGAAGGAUCUUGUUGUGCAUCCCUCCUGGUCACUGUUGUGUGGAUUUGGCUCUAUACAAGAACCACUUGUGCAAAUAACUGGGAGUUGUACCAAUUGAAGGACCCUAUCUUACACCUGGAGAUGGAGAAUGAGAAGCUUCGCAGCAUUCCCCAUACUGCAGUUCCUUCAUUGUCAGUUAGUGCAAGUAGAGGUGUGGCUUAUGUUUUAGCUGCCAGAAAGCGGGCCCUGGUCUACGUACUAGACGAGGAUGAAGAUGAAAUCUCUUAUUCAGAAUGACCGUCUGUUCAAGAAUUUGUGGUGGUUAUGCUCGUGUUGUUCCUGUGGGUGGACCUCUAAUACUUGAAGCUGCAGACAUCAGUGUGAGAAGCAAUGCAUGUGGGCUUUCUGACUGAAGCUCUUCGACUCCACCUUUCUUGGAUAGUCUUAAUUUAUACUUGCCAUGUGCCUUUUCUGCUAGGCAGGCAUUUGUUGAAGAGAAAGAUGGAGUAAAAGGUAACGAUUUAUCUAUUGAGUUAGAUAGAAUUGACCGAAAGAUGCUGGGUCAUGGCUUCUAUCUGGCGGUAGCUGUCUUCGUGGUAUUGCUGCAAGCUGUGAGACCUACUCGUUAGUGCCAAGCUUUUGCUUCAUCUGUAAAUGUUUAUUAUUUUCAUUUGUAAGAGAACCAAAUGUUUGGUUUGGAUUAUUUAUACUUUGUGUUGAA